AUGUUCAAGCCCUCGCAGCCCAUGUUGGCGCGCUUGCGCCUGACCACCAAACAGGUCCUUGGUGGCUACUACAAGGGUAACCGGACCGGAUCGAUGGGUUACUUUGCGAAGAACGGGUCAUAUGUGAUCGAUUGGAAAAAAGUCCGCACUUUCGUUGUGCCUGAGAAUUUGGAUCAGUUUAAGUUGACCCCCUUCGUGACCAAGCGUAUGCCUCCCACGAAAUCCAAGUACACGAAAGAAGUCGAGAAGCGCGGAAGGAUCGUUACCCUUGAACGGGCUUUCAGCGGAAAGGACUAUCUCGAUAUGUGGGCCUCGGACAACGGUCAGGAAGUUCUGGAACAGGAGCGUCUGGACUCUGAGGCCGCAACGGAACAGUCAUCGACUACUCAGCCUGCGCGUCAAUAA